AUGCCGCCGGCGCCGGCUCCGCGGAAGAAGCGCCUGGUCCGCGCGGGCCUCCUCGCCGCCGCCGCCGGGUACUUCGCCUUCGUGCUCCUCUUCGAGCUCCCCUUGCUGCCCUUUCUGGCGUCGUCCUCCUCCUCCCCCGCCGCCACCUCCUCCUCGCUCCCCUUCCAGCACCCGCGGCGGCGGGAGCUGGAGGCCGCGGCGGCAGCGUUCACGUCGCCGUUCUCUCCCGCCCGCCCCUCCAAGCCAGCCUUCCCCGCCGCCGCACCGGGCCCGGGCUCCGCGGCGCCGCGGCUCCCGAUCUUCUCGUCCCUCCUCCUCCUCCCGCGGCCCAACGCCACGGCCACCCCCUUCGGCACCACCGCCGCCGCCGCCUUCGCCGCGGCCAAGCCGCACCUCGCCCACCUCCAGGCCAUCGCCAACCCCUCCUCCGCUUCCUCCUCCACCUCCGCGCCCGCAUCGUGGCGGCCGCCGCCGACCUGCCCCGCGUCCAUCUCCGUGCACCGGGAGCAGCUCCCCUACGACGGCGUCCGCGUGGUGGAGCUCCCCUGCGGGCUCGCGGUGGGCUCCCACGUCACCGUGGUGGCCCGGCCCCGCCCCGCCCGCCCCGAGUACGACCCCAAGAUCGCCGAGCGCAAGGACGGGGAGGCCGCCGUCAUGGUGUCGCAGUUCAUGGUCGAGCUGGUCGGCACCAAGGCCGUCGACGGCGAGGCGCCGCCCAGGAUCCUGCACUUCAACCCCAGGAUCCGCGGGGACUACAGCCGGAAGCCCGUCAUCGAGAUGAACAGCUGCUACCGGAUGCAGUGGGGGCAGUCGCAACGCUGCGAGGGAUUCGCCUCCCGCCCAGCCGAGGACACCGUUGACGGGCAACUCAAGUGUGAGAAAUGGAUUCGCGACGAUGACAACAAGUCAGAGGAAUCAAAGAUGAAAUGGUGGGUGAAACGUUUGAUUGGCAGACCAAAGGAUGUCCACAUCAGUUGGCCAUACCCGUUCACAGAAGGCAAGCUAUUUGUUAUGACUUUAACAGCUGGUUUGGAAGGUUACCAUGUCAAUGUUGAUGGGCGGCAUGUUGCUUCAUUUCCUUACCGCACUGGUUACUCUCUUGAGGAUGCAACUGCAUUAUCCCUGAAUGGAGACAUUGAUAUUGAGUCAAUUUUUGCUAGUUCUCUACCCAAUUCGCAUCCUAGUUUCGCCCCUGAGCGAUACCUUGAGAUGUCUGAACAGUGGAAAGCCCCACCACGUCCCACUGAACCUGUUGAGCUUUUCAUUGGCAUUCUCUCUGCAGCCAGCCAUUUUGCUGAGCGCAUGGCUGUAAGGAAAUCAUGGAUGAUGUAUACAAGGAAAUCAUCCAAUAUUGUAGCUCGGUUCUUUGUGGCUCUGAAUGGAAAAAAGGAAGUUAACGCAGAGCUCAAGAAGGAGGCAGAGUUCUUCCAGGACAUUGUUAUAGUGCCUUUCAUUGAUAGCUAUGACCUCGUUGUAUUGAAGACCGUUGCCAUUGCUGAGUAUGGGGUGCACGUUGUCCCUGCAAAGUACGUAAUGAAAUGCGACGAUGAUACAUUCGUCAGAAUUGAUUCGGUACUGGAUCAAGUGAAGAAAGUUCGAAAUGAUAAAAGCAUUUAUGUCGGAAGUAUAAACUACUUCCAUCGACCACUAAGAUCUGGCAAGUGGGCAGUAACUUAUGAGGAAUGGCCGGAAGAAGUGUACCCGAAUUAUGCUAAUGGACCUGGCUAUGUAAUUUCAUCUGAUAUUGCUCGUUACAUCGUGUCUGAAUUCGACAAUCAGACACUUCGGCUGUUUAAGAUGGAGGAUGUGAGCAUGGGCAUGUGGGUGGAGAAGUUCAACAAGACGCAGCGGCCGGUGGAGAUCCGGCACGACGUGCGGUUCUACCAGUCGGGCUGCUACGACGGCUACCUCACGGCACACUACCAGUCCCCGCAGCACAUGAUCUGCCUGUGGCGGAAGCUGCAGUCCGGGAGUGCCCGGUGCUGCAAUGUGAGAUGA